UGCCUGCUUUUCUUCUCUCUCUUUCUCUCUUCUUUUUUUGCGCUUGGCAGUCAGCGAAGCAUGGGCGCCCGCAAAGACGGCGGCUGCCCCGCCGUGCCAAGCUCCCCGACGGGCAUCCUCUGCCUGGCUUGGCUGCUGCUGGCCUCGGCGGUGGGCAAGACGAUCCGCUACCACACCUACGAGGAAGAGCCCCCCGGCACGGUGAUCGGUACCUUGGCCGACGAGCUGCCUCUGAAAGGCGCGUCAGGAGUGGAAAGGACUUUCCGGCUGGUGAAGGCGCCGGGCAACGGGUCGCUGGUGCGAGUGCGGGAGCGGGACGGGCAGCUGAGCCUGGGCCCGGAGCGGCUGGACCGGGAGCAGCUGUGCGGCCCGUCGGAGUCGCCCUGCCUGCUGGCCUUCGACGUGCUGAGCCUGGGAGGCCCUGCGACCCCGGGCGCUUCGCCUUUCCGCCUGGUGCACGUGGAGCUGGAGGUGCGGGACCUGAACGACCACGCGCCGCGCUUCCCGCAGCCCGCCGUGGCCCUGGAGGUGUCGGAGAGCGCGGCGCCCGGCACCCGCCUGCCGCUGCCCCUGGCGCACGACCCGGACGCCGGCUCCAACGGGCUGCAGAGCUUCGCCCUCUCGCCAGGCAGCCCCUUCGGCUUGGAGGCGCAGCGCCGUGCCGACGGCCUCCGCUGCGCCGAGCUGGUGUUGCUGCGCGAGCUGGACCGGGAGGCGCAGGCCGGCUACCGGCUGGAGCUGGUGGCCACGGACGGCGGGAACCCAGCGCGCUCGGGCACGGCCACGCUCAGCCUGCGCGUGCUGGACGCCAACGACAACGCGCCCGCCUUCCCCCGGGGCGCGCUCCUCACCCUGGAGCUGCCCGAGGACGCGCCGCCGGGCGCGCUGCUGCUGGAGCUGGACGCGGCCGACGCCGACGAGGGCGCCAACGGGCAGCUGCUCUACGCCUGGGGCAGCCAGGUGGCCCCCGAGGCCCGGCGCCUCUUCAGCCUCGACCCGCUCUCGGGCCGCCUGGCCCUGCGCGCCCCCGUGGACUACGAGCGCCAGCGCACUUACGAGCUGGACGUGCAGGUCAGCGACCGGGGCGCCAGCCCGCUGGCCGCCGCCUGCAAAGUCCUGGUGCGCCUGCUGGACGUCAACGACAACGCGCCCACCGUGAGCAUCAGCGCCCUGGGCGGCCCCGAAGGAUCGGACGCGGCGCGGGGCCCGCAGCAGCAGCAGGAGGAGGAGGAGGCCGGCUGGGCGGCGGUGAGCGAGGCGGCGCCGGCCCAGAGCCUGGUGGCGCUGGUCAGCACCUCGGACAGCGACGCGGGCGCCAACGGCCAGGUGCGCUGCGCCCUCCUGCCGGCGCCCCACCAGCCCUUCGCCCUGCAGCGCGCCUACGACGCCGCCAGCUACCUGCUGCUGACCACCGGGCCCCUGGACCGCGAGCGCGUGGCCGAGUACAACCUGACGCUGGUGGCCGAGGACCUGGGCUCUCCCCCGGCCAAGACCGUCCGCUCGCUCACCGUCCGCGUGGCCGACGAGAACGACAACGCCCCGCGCUUCGCCAAGGCGCGCUACGAGGUGGCCCUGCCCGAGAACAACCCCCCGGGGGCCUACCUGACCACCGUGGCCGCCUCCGACCCCGACCUGGGGCCCAACGGCAAAGUGACCUACCGCCUGCUGGACAACCAAAUCAUGGGCGCCUCGAUCUCCACCUACGUUUCUGUCGAUCCGGGCACAGGAGCCAUCUACGCCCUGCGGACUUUCAACUAUGAGAUCCUGAAGGAGAUGGAGUUGUCCAUCCAAGCGUCGGAUGGGGGAUCUCCUUCGCUCUCCACUACGGCCAUGGUCAAGGUACGGGUGAUGGACCAGAACGACAACGCUCCGGUCAUUACGUCUCCUGCGCUCACCAACGGGUCUCUUGAAAUUGGCGUCUCCAGCAGAGCUUCUCGAGAGUCCCUAGUUGCGCGCAUCAAGGCCCGAGAUGCAGACGAGGGCUCCAGCUCAGAGCUGAGCUUCACUUUCUCAGAGGAUCCACAGCAACAGGAAAGAUCUCUGGAUCUUUUUGCCAUCAACCAGAAAACAGGGGAGGUCACGCUCCGGAGGAGCUUAUCUGAAGAGCAGCUGGGCCAAGUCUAUCCCUUGCUUCUCACCGUGGCCGAUAGUGGGCUGCCACCUCUCUCCACCACCGUGGUGGUCAACUUCCUGGUGACCGCAUCGCUGCCUCCCUCUAGUGGCCAGGAUUCUGCAGCCAAGCCCGGCUCUUGGGAAGACCAACCGUUGCAAUGGGACGUCCCUUUAAUCGUCAUCAUUAUCUUGGCGGGAAGCUGUACGUUGCUCCUGGUGGCCAUCAUCACCAUCGCCACCACGUGCAAUCAGCGGAAGAAGGAGAAGAAGGUUGUCUUGGACGAACCUCUGGACACUUCUCACCUGGAGAAGGGGCACGAGGAAGGAAACACCAGCGACGGGGCCCUCCACCCCUCCAGUCCUCGCUUCGACGUCCAUUCCUUCCCCAGCAAGUCUUCUUUCGCUAGUCCGGAGCCCUCUCCGGCCAGUGAAGAUAUCCCAGCGUCCGAGAAUAGUCGAGAAACCAACAGCCUCUACGACAGCCAGAGCCGACUCCGAGGAGCCAACGCAGAGUCUUACACUUCCACCCCCAGUUACAGCAAGGAGCCCACCGCCCCGGUUCCCAUGUGGAAGGGCCACUCCUUCAACACGUUAUCCGGCAGGGAGGGAGAGAAAUUCAGCGGGAAGGACAGCGGCAAAGGGGACAGCGACUUCAACGACAGCGACUCCGACAUCAGCGGAGACGCCCUGAAGAAGGACCUCAUCACACACAUGCAGAACGGUUUGUGGGCGUGCACUGCUGAGUGCAAGCUGCUGGGCCAUUCAGACAGAUGUUGGAGUCCCUCCUGCGCGCAGACCAACUCUCACCCGUCCCCGCACCCCAAAACCCAGCUCUCCACCUUCUGCAGAACCACAUCCUUGCCCCGAGACACCCUCCAUCGUGACCACUUCUAUCCCGCCCAGCUGCCCAAGACGGUGGGACUUCAGAGUGUCUACGAGAAGGUUCUCCACCGGGAUUACGACAGGACAAUGACCCUGAGGUCCCCUCCUCAUCCGGGCAGGUUGCCGGACCUCCAGGAGAUCUCAGUACCUUUGUAUGAGUCUCCUUCUCACCAUUAUUUAGGCUCUCCUUCUGAGGCCAGCAAGAAAGUUUGAAUUCCCUCAUAUACCUGUGAACUCUGGGCCUCUUCGAGGAAACAGACCUGAACUUCUAUCUCCAAAAAGGCUGCAUUGGCGGGGAUGUUUGUUCCCUUCCUCCUCUGUAGCAGGACAGCGACUCUUGAGCAUGUGCAAAGUGUCUCUCCCACCACUUGGUGACUCACUUCGUCUCUCCCAAGAAUUCCAGGGGGGGGGAGAGGAGAGAGACUUUUUAUAUCUCUUUUUGAUAAAGGAAAACAUUGCUUUCAUUCUCUCCAUCCCUGUCUCUACGAAUAGACCUAGAAAAUUUCAAACUUCACCAAGAUAUUAUUGUUAACUGGGUUUGAUGAUGUACAUAAGUUUUAAGUAAA